AUGCCGACGUAUGGAGGACGAGGGGAAGCAGGCGGCGCGAUGGCGUGCGCCGGCUGCGAGAAGCCGAUCCUGGACAAGUUCCUCUUGCACGUGCUGGAGCGCGCGUGGCACGCCGCGUGCGUCCGCUGUGCCGACUGCCGCGCGCCGCUCGCAGACAAGUGCUACUCGAGAGAUAACAAGUUGUUCUGUAGGAAUGACUUUUUCAGGCGUUACGGCACGAAAUGCAGCGGCUGCGGACACGGUAUUUCGCCAUCGGACCUUGUCCGGAAGGCCAGAGAGAAGGUGUUCCACCUAAACUGCUUCACCUGUCUCGUUUGUCGGAAGCAGCUUUCAACUGGAGAGGAAUUGUACGUGCUCGACGAUAACAAGUUCAUCUGUAAAGAGGACUAUCUGGCUGGAAAGGCACCUACGCAUUCAGAUUCGCUACUAGGCUCAGGGUCAGACGAGGAAGAAGAAGACGAAGCGAGAGCAGCCAACAAUUCCAGCAGUCCAGCGCACGCACCGCAUCCAGCACUUCAUUCAGAACUAUCGCACAAUGGUGACACGAAGCCGCACGAGGAUUCUGAGGACCAGGGAUCGCUGGACGGAGACCCGGAGACGAGAGACUCACAAGCCGAAAACAAGUCUCCGGAUGAUGGCAACGGAGGAUCAAAAAGGCGGGGACCAAGGACCACGAUAAAAGCGAAGCAGCUAGAAAUAUUGAAAUCAGCUUUCUCACAGACUCCGAAACCAACGAGGCAUAUACGGGAGCAAUUGGCGAAAGAAACUGGUCUUCCCAUGAGAGUUAUACAGGUGUGGUUCCAAAACAAACGGUCAAAAGAACGUCGGUUGAAGCAGCUGACCUCAAUGGGCAGGGGUCCGUUCUUCGGCUCCUCGCGUAAGAUGAGAGGUUUUCCAAUGAACCUCUCGCCAGGUGGUCUCGAAGAAGGUCCGCCGGGGUUUCCUUACUUCGCGACAGCAGAUGGCAAGUUCGAGUUUGGCUAUGGCCCGCCGUUCCACCAUGAUGCACCAUUUUUCCAUCCGCCCCCGGCGAUGCCUUUCAACCAGCCAGGUCGUUUCGCAGGCGGUAUGGAGUCGCUGCCCGGCGGCGAGUUCCCCGAGCAGUUCCCACCGCCCGAGCACCUCGUGCUCCCGAGACCCUCGUCACCGGAGUUCACUUUCGGCGACGCCCCUCCCCCUCUCCACCCCGAGGGUCUCGUCUGGUAG